AUGCACAUCUUCCGGACUGCCAUUCCCUUCAGGAGGUUUUACUCCGAGGAACCCGAGCAUCGUAGACCCCCACCUAUCAAGCCCUCCCCCGACCGGAGGAUGGGGAUGGGUGAUUGUCUUAUCAUCGUUCCUCUAUAAUGUCCUGGUACUGGGAUACCACAACUCCUUCGGAGUGUAGCUCAUCAGUCUCAAUGAGUUUGGGGAGACAAGUUCUAAAACAGGCAAGUUACACUAAGCGUCACAUACCGUUAAUAACUGUUUUUCAGACUGAAAAAAUGCAACAUUACACUGUAAACUCAACUGUUAUAACUACACAUUACAACUAUUUUGUAUUACAAAAGUGAUUUUGUGAUCAUGAUAUGUGUAAAUGGUGAUAAACCUGUAAUAAACAAGUAGUUAUCAAACUGCAUGAAUGACCUACACAUGCUAUAGAGUAGAUACAUUGAAACCGGCUAGCUACCUAACCUUAUGACCCACUCUCUGCUGGCCUGUAGCAUGGGUUGGCUCCAUCAGCUACGGCUUCAUCAUGAUCUGUGGGCCCCUGUCUGGGAAGCUGUCAGUCAGGUACGGGGCCAGAGAGAUCUCCAUUCUAGGAUCCCUCAUCAUCAUGAUCUCCAUAGUGUACUCGUCCUAUGCACCCAAUCUAGGAUCGCUGUUCUUCACACACAGCUUCCUCACUGGAGUGGGCUCCAGCUUUGCCUUCACCCCAGGUUGGUACAGGGGAGGGAGGACAUUAGCUAGCAGUUAGUUACACUAUGGAUUCACUGACACUUCCAUCCAUAACUUUUCUAGUUCAUAUUGUAGCUUAUUAGAGGGAAGGUCAUUGUUGUAUUCACAAGGCCAGGACAGCUAACACAUCGUCUCACCUCCAUCUCCCUCCUCCUCCUGUGGGGCAGGUAUGAUCAUGGUGAGCCAGUACUUCACCUCCAAGCGUUCCCUGGCCACAGGGAUAGUGAUGUCAGGAGGAGCAGCAGGGGCCCUGGUCCAGACCCGGCUCCAUCUGUACCUCAUCGACACCCUGGGCUGGAGGCAGAGUCUCCAAGUGUUCUCAGGCCUCAUGAUUAUCUGUGUCAUCACCGGCUUCACCUAUCUGCCACUCAACCCCAAAGGUACUGCAGGACGUUCAGACCCACAACAGUUUUACAUUUCUUUAUUACAUUGCAGGUUCCCAUGUAAAAUGAUGAGCAUACAGUAAUGGGACCAUUUACCCCAUCAUGACUGAGCGCACCCUUGUGUACCCUUUCAAACAGAAAUGUGAUAUAUUCAAAAGCUACAGUAUGUGCUGCUGAUGGGCUAUGAGUGAUUUAAAUUCCAAAUGUGUUUGAAAAGUGUCACCAGAAGUGUGGUGGAUAAUUUGAAGAACUCUCCCUUGAAGAAGUUUGUUGUGGACCUUGGCCUGUGGAAAGACAGUCUUUCUGAUCUGGGUUGCAGCCAAUGGACUGUGUACAUUUGGAUUCUUCAUUCCAUAUGUCCACUUGGUAAGUUACAUACUGAUGUAAACAACUGAAGGCUCAGUUGCAACAGUACGACAUUAUAGUUUGGAAACAUUCUGUAAUUUGACUCAUUCUUUACCCCAAAGAUGAGUGAAUGUAGUUUAGGUUAAAAAAGAGGGAAGGGAUGCUAUUGUGAUGUAACAAUCUGACAACAAAUACCCUUAGUACUACCUGUACAGGAUACAUUCAGUAAAUAGAUAGAUACCUGUAUGUGUGUGUUUUUGGUUUUACUGGGGAUGAGAAGUCUUCACAACGAUAGUAAAACAAGGACAAGCUCAGCUGGUAGAGCACGGCGCUUGUAACGCCAAGGUAGUGGGUUCGAUCCCCGGGACCACCCAUACACAAAAAAAAAAAUGUAUGCACGCAUGACUGUAAGUCGCUUUGGAUAAAAGCGUCUGCUAAAUGGCAUAUUAUUAUUAUUAUUAUAUUAUAAUUCAGGGACAUUUUCCAGACUUAAUGGGGUAGGCUUAAGGUUAGGAUUAGGAGUUAGGGUUAGGUUAAGGGAAUAUAGGAUUUUGAAUGGGAAUCAAUUAUUUGGUCCCCACAAGGAUAUUAAAACAAACAUGUUUGUGUCCUGCUCUAGGUGAAGCAUGCUGUUCAGCUGGGCAUCCCAGUCCACAGUGCCACUAACAUCAUGCUGUUCCUGGAUCAUCUUCAGAUGGAUCUGUGACUCCGAGAGAAUCAACAGGCUGUACUUUAACCAGGCCUCUGUCUUUGGUGUUGGUGGGUUGCCCUUACUCCUAUACCUCAGUCACUAUGACCGUUAGUAAAGCAAUACAACACAAGAGAGUGUGGCGAUUAUUGUCACGACUGUGCUCCAGUCAAAUGUACAAGGUGAAUGCUGCAGACCGUACACAACCUAAGACCUGUCUCCUCCUGUGUGUCCUCCUGCGGUGCCAGGUCUGCUGUACAUGUUGAUCCCACUGCUCAAAUCCUACGUCUCUCUGGCAGCCUUUGGCUUGUUCCUGGGGAUUGCUGAUGCUGGCAACUACGUCCUGCUCCCUGUCCUGACCUUUGACCUGAUGGGGGCAGAGAAAAUGCCCAUGGCCUGGGGGUUCAUGCUCACGGUGAACGCUGUCAGCUGCUUGGGGCCGCCCUUCGCUGGUAGGUUCACUGCAGCUGAUGUUAUUGUUCCAAACCAAAUAAAAUGUUAUUCGUCACAUGCUUCGUAAACAACAGGUGUGGACUAACAGUGAAAUGCUUACUUACGGGCCCUUCCCAACAAUGCAGAGAGAAAGAAAAUAAAGAAAUAAUAGAAAAGUAAUAAUAAAUACACAAUGAGUAACGAUAACUUGGCUAUAUACCAGUACCGAGUCGAUGUACACGAGUCAAUGUGCAGGGGUACGAGUUAAUUGAGGUAGAUAUGUACAUAUCUAGACAAAGACAGUAGCAGCAGCGUAUGUGAUGAGUCAAAAACGUUUGUGCAAAAAGGGUCAAUGCGGAUAGUUAAAUAGUUAACCAAAUAGCUACCCGCACUAACUAUUUAGGAGUCUUAUGGUUGGGGGGGGGGGUAGAAGCUGUUUAGGGUCCUGUUGGUUCCAGACUUGGUGCAUCGGUACCGCUUGCCGUGUGGUAGCAGAGAGAAAAGUCUAUGACUUGGGUGGCUGGAGUAUUUGACAAAUAUUAGGGCCUCCCUCUGACACCACCUGGUAUAGAGGUCCUGGAUGGCAGGGAGCUCGGCCCCAGUGAUGUACUGGGCCGUCCGCACCACCCUCUGUAGCACUUUGCGGUCAGAUGCCAAGCAGUUGCCGUACCAAGCGGUGAUGCAGCCAGUCAAGAUGCUCUCAAUGGUGCAGCAGUAGAACCUUUGGAGGAUCUGAGGGCCCAUGCCAGAUAUUUUCAGCCUCCUGAGGGUGAAGAGGCGUUGUCGGGCCCGCUUCACGACUGUGUUGGUGUUUCGACCAUGAUAGAUCCUCAGUGAUGUGGACACAGAGGAACUUGAAGCUCUCGACCCGCUCCACUACAGCCCCAUCGAUGUGAAUGGGGGUGUGCUCGGCCCUCCAUUUCCUGUAGUCCAAAUCAAAUCAAAUCAAAUUGUAUUUGUCACAUACACGUGUUUAGCAGAUGUUCUUGCGGGUGUAGCAAAAUGCUUGUGCUUCUAGCUCCGACAAUGCAGUAAUAUCUAACAAGUAAUAUCUAACAAUUUCACAACAUGUACCCAAUACACACAAAUCUAAGUAAGUAAUGGAAUUAAGAAUAUAUACAUAUAUGGACAAGCAAUGACAGGGCGGCAUGGACUAAGAUACAGUAGAAUAUUAUUGUUAUGUGUGACGUAUUUUUCUUUCUCCCCAUUUUCCUUUGUAGUGUGUUUGUGUGUUCUGGGCAUUACAGGUGUGCUGAGUUGCGGCUGACGAUGGUGGGCUUCGGUCCGGAGUCCUGGCUGCUGUAGCUGAUUGACGAGAGUAUACCUGUUUGCCAUGUGAGCUCGAAGAAGAGGGGAGAGGACACUUGUUAUUUGGCUGUGUUAAUUUAUCUUUGUUUGUGUUCCAGCCUGUCCUCCUGAUGUACUCCACCCUACCUAGGUCCUGGAGAAGGGAAAGGUAGUUCUGCCCAUGGGUGUACAUUCACUCGUAGAUAACUCAUUGUUUUACACACUAGGUUAGCCGGGCGGGUGUCACCCCUGUAUUUUUGGUAAACAGGUAGGAAAGUGGGUUAGGGUUAGAGUGUGAUAGGCAGGUUUAGGUGUGUAGAAGAGGAGGGACCUUUUGUUUAUUUUCAUUAAUUGGACCCCGUUCCCAAAUAUUCCCUUCUCUUACCUUCCCUGGUUUGUUUGAUUGAGUUUUGUUUCCUUACUGUUUCUUUAUGGGUGUUGUUUAUUUUGUUUAAGUACAUUACUAAACGUCCCCCGAGGGCUAACCUUGAGAUCUGGUUGUUGUCUGGUUAUUUUAGUUCAUUACACCCCACAUUUCUCCCACCUUGAUCUAGUUUACCUUGUGUGCGCAGGCACAGGCAUUUACGUCUCCUCCUCAGACGAACUACACCCGAGGGGAGAACGUAACAAUUAUAGAAUACAGUAUAUACAUAUGAGAUGAGUAAUGCAAGAUAUGUAAACAUUAUUAAAGUGACUAGUGUUCCAUUUCUUAAAGUGGGCAGUGAUUUCAAUAGGCUGCAGCAGCCUCUAAUGUGCUAGUGAUGGCUAUUUAACAGUCUGAUGGCCUUGAGAUAGAAGCUGUUUUUCAUUCUCUCUGUCCCAGCUUUGAUGCACCUGUACUGACCUCGCCUUCUGGAUGAUAGCGGGGUGAACAGGCAUUGGCUCGGGUGGUUGAUGUCCUUGAUGGUCUUUUUGGCCUUCCUGUGACAUCGGGUGCUUUAGGUGACCUGGAGGGCAGGUAGUUCGCCCCCGGUAAUGCGUUUGGCAGACCGCACCACCCUCUGGAGAGCCCUGCGGUUGUGGGCGGUGCAGUUGUGUCGUCUGCAAACUUGAUGAUUGAGUUGGAGUCUUGCUUGGCCACGCAGUCAUGGGAGUACAGGAGGGGGCUGAGCACGCACCCUUGUGGGGCCCCAGUGUUGAGGAUCAGCGAAGUGGAGAUGUUGUUUCCUACCUUCAUGAUCAGCUCCUUUGUCUUACUGAUGUUGAUGGAGAGGUUGUUGUCCUGGCGCCACACUGCCAGGUCUCUGACCUCCUCCCUAUAGGCUGUCUCAUCGUCGUUGGUGAUCAGGCCUACCACCGUCGUGUCUCUGGCAAACAAUGUGGCAUUGGAGUCAUGCGCGGCCACACAAUCGUGGGUGAACAGGGAGUACAGGAGGGGACUAAUCACGCACCCACCUUUCACACUAUUCUUAAGUUGGAGGAGUGUUAGCCAUGUCAGUACAACCAAACAAUGACUGAAUCGGAUCAAACGUCAAACACAUCUUUUUGGCAGAUGUGCAGACAGAGGUUGCAUCACUGUCUUUGCAUGAAAGAACAUCAUAAAAGUAGUAUGAUGAUAAAAGUAACAGUCAUACCCUUGUUGUUUGAAGUCUCAGUCAUACAUUUGUUGUUGUCCCGGUCAGGUUGGAUGAAUGACAUGACAGGGAGCUACAACCAGGGCUUUGUGGUUGCCGGGGCAUUGAACGUGGCAGCCUGUUUUGUUUUGGCCGUCAUCCCCCUGGCCAAGCGCUCAACCAGACAGACAUGCAAGAGCAUCAUGAACGUCACCAUCGACCGCUCCACACAGGAAAUCAAGCAGUGGGCCGACAUCCUGCCUCCUUUCUCUGAGGUAACACACUGGUACCUACACUGUAGUUCUUCUGUAUGAGGGUUAGCAAUCUAUCUAACAACAUAUUUUGUUUCAUUGUACAUUAUUGAUGGUGCAAGUUUUCCCUGACCACAUGACUUAACCAAGAAAAAGGUUAUGGUCAGGAAAAACUUCUAGCCCUAAUUAUAAAAUGUACAUUUACUCAUAAUAUUUCAAAAUGAAUUGUCAAAUAGGAGGAGCCAACAGUGUCCAGAUACGUGAAUUACUUCUCUAAGACUACGUUUCGUAGUCCAGAGAUUGUUGACAGUAGACCUGAGGUGUACAGAGGAGAUGAUGCCGAGACAGCAGGACCUGCUGAAGUCACCCGGCUUUAG